GACAUUUUUCUAGUCCACGUGUCGAUAAAGCGAUAAGCUUUUAAAAUAGUGAGAAGAAGCUAAAAGAGAACUCAGGCGGUUUGGCUUCAUAUAAAGAUGGCUAUUGAGAUGUCCACCGUCGGCACUAAGCUAAAGCAAGCCUUCUCCACAGUAGACAUCAACACCAUUGUUGACCUAGCUCCUGAACCUAGUGACUAUAAGACAUAUGGUAUUCAUGUGGUCACCAUUGCGAUGGCAGUCAUGGAAUGCAUUGUGAAGAGAAGACGGAAUGACUGGCUCAACGAAGCCCUAGUAUGUCUCAUGCAUGUGCAUGCCUCUUUACCAGAUAUCUCCGACUCUUGGAACAAGCUGUAUGUAGAUCUGCUGGUGGAUAUCAAGGUCAAGGCUGUUAUGCAUCAACUGUUUUCCCUGGAUCUCGAUGAAUGUGACACUCUCGAUAUGGAAGCCAUUGCUCACAGCUACUUUGAUCCCACCUUGUUUAGCGGUGUGGAAGAACAGUCAGAGAAGGUAGAGUACACAGACAAGCACUCCUACUCAGCCAUCAUGCACAAGAUGGCCUACGAUGGCAUCACUGGGAUGAUAAAGUCGAAAGAGAACGUCACUAAAAUGAGGGAAGUCUUCAAGAACGAUAUAGGCCAUUUUGAGGAGAGGCUAAAAAAACUUUUGCGCAGCUACUUCCAGAUUGCCAGGAAUCACAUCCCUCCCCAAGUGAAAGAAGAGGUUGUUGAUGACCACCAGCCUGGGAAAGAUGCUCCAGCUAUCUCCCACCACCACACUGAAAGUAAUUCUUUGGUCAUGGACUCACCUGAAAAAUCAACUGAAAAAACUAUCACUGAAGUUGAAUCAUCCUUUAUCGGCUUGUGGAGCCCAAGAUCUAAACGAACCAGCUCAAUGGUAGCCAGGACCAAGAUACAGUGUACAUAUGACGAUCUCGAAUCAGACCAAGUUAGUUCUUCAAAUGAGGAUGAGCCAGACAGUGAAUUCUAUUUCAAUCUACCAGAAGCACUCCUUCAGAGCACUGCCUCACAACAGCCCAGCCAGCACAGCAACACGCAGACGUGUGACCAGGUUGGUGGUGAAGUCUCCAAAACUAAAACUGCACCCAAGUUCUUCUACGAGAGGAGUACACAAAGUCAAGAAAUGGCAUCGCAAAAUAUUGAACCUGCUAAACCAGUGAAGCGGAAUCAAACCGCUAGAAAACGUACGUACCCACUUCCUCGUGUUACAGAGUCAACCAAGGUAUUAAAGUCGAAAUUAACUGCUCGAAAAUUCACUCGUCCAAGAGGAGUGUCUCCAGUAGGGGAAGGCUAUAAAGAAGGUAUGAAUCUUAGACAACGUCAACGUCAACCUGUUCAUACCAGAACGUUGCGACCCAGGCAGAUUGCUAGGAAACAUACUCGCCGGAGAGAAGUGUCUCCAUAUGAUGAUCUCGAUGAGAAGUCUGUCAGUUACCGUCCAGCCAAGAGAAAAAGAGACAGGUCACCUCAACUGGAAACUGCAGAGAAAAAUUCUCCUGUGAGCAAAAACAAACCUGAAAGUUAUGAGUGUUCCAGCCUCGAAAACAGUCCUAACCAACACACCGUCUCCACUCAGAUAGUAGAUGUGGGGGGUCCAGAAGAUGUACUGUACUUAUCACACUUAUCGGAUUUAUCAGACGUGGAGAGUUCACUGAGCGUUGAGGAUCUAGAAGACGAACCCUACUUACCAGGGACAACUAAACAAGUUUCAAAACACCCUCAAAGUGGCCACAGUAAUGUUGACAAGAUAGCUGCGCCCCAGACACCAUUACCUAGGGUGACCUAUGCAAGACCUAGGCCUGCCCUGCAAGAAUCCGCUGGAAGCAGGUCAACAAGACCCAGGAGCCCUGCCCUGCAAGAACCCGCUAGAAGCAGGUCAACAAGACCCAGGAGCCCUGCCCUGCAAGAAUCCGCUGGAAGCAGGUCAACAAGACCCAGGCCUGCCCUGCAAGAAUCCGCUGGAAGAAGGUCAACAAGACCCAUGAGCCCUGCCCUGCAAGAAUCCGCUGGAAGCAGGUCAACAAGACCCAGGCCUGCCCUGCAAGAAUCCGCUGGAAGCAGGUCAACAAGACCCAGGAGCCCUGCCCUGCAAGAACCCGCUGGAAGCAGGUCAACAAGUUCUGAAGAAAUACUUAAGAGGAGUGGUGUGAGUAACAUCUUCAAUGCUUUGAGGGAUGUCAUGAAGAAGUCCAAGGCCAGAGCUAUCAAGACUGGAAGGAACAAUAACAAUAACAACGCGUACUAUAUGUCCCCUGAGAUACCUCUACUCAAUUCAACUUCAUUUCUCACAAGUACCUCUGAUAAACAGUCAGAUAGCAACUAAUUGUCUCAUGCAAUUUUUAUGAUAAUUAUUAUUAUUUCAUUUGCAUUAUAAACUA